AUGUUCAGCUCCACAUCAUCUAAAACGCAAACAGAAUCUACAAUCAACAGGCUAUUAGCAACUUAUUUGCCUGGAACGACGGUUGAUGAAACAAAGUCACAACUAUGGAAUAAUAACAGUAAUAAUAAGAACUCGAAAAUAAGUUCCUCUACACAACAAAUUCAUCAACAGAUUAAGAGAUCAAAAUUAUCCAAACAUGAAAUCAAAAAGAUCAAUAAACUGAAUAAGGCUAAACUCAAUAAGCUGGUGUUGAAGAAUCAAGCUGAAUCUAAACGUGUAGCCAAAUUGGCCAAAUAUGAUUUAAUUAAGAACCGCCAUCGUGAUGAUUUAACGAUUGAAGAAGAAAAAUACUUGAAUAAGUUGAUUAAAAGAAACGUCAAUAGUAUUAAACGAGUUAGUGAGAUUCUGGAUUUGGAAGUUAAAGAAGAAUUAGAUUUUGUUAAGAAGGAUAUACUUGAAAAGUUGAACACCAAAAAGUCAAAGUCAAAGUCAACUUCAAAAGAUAGACAGAAGCAACAGUUCCAAGACAAGAUCAACAAGGGAUUCAUUUCGUAUCCUGGUUUAACACCAGGUUUGGCACCUGUUGGCGUUGAUGAUGAUGACGAAUCUGAUUAG